AUGGGUCCUGCUCUCCUCCUUCCUACGCAUAGUACGCAGAUUUUCCGACGAUGCAAGGGUCUGACAUCCUUCCGGUUGUAUAUAAGACAUUAUGCGACGCAGCCUGAGUCUGCUGCACUCCAGCGGAAGAAAGUGUGGGUAUCUGCAGAUGCUGCUGUGCAAGAUGUGAAGUCUGGGGAUAUUGUGCUGAGCGGAGGGUUCGGCCUGUGUGGUACUCCCGAGACUUUGAUCACUGCUCUUUCACGACGAAAUGACGUGCACAGUUUGACUGCUGUGUCAAACAAUGCUGGUUCAAGUGAUUUGGGUCUAGUUAAGCUAAUGAAGAGCGGACAACUUGACAAGCUCAUAAUAUCAUACCUUGGCGGAAACAAAUACCUUGAGCGGAUGUACCUUGAUGGAAAGAUGUCCCUUGAAUUGGUCCCGCAAGGUACCCUCGUUGAACGGAUGCGCGCGUAUGGCGCGGGCAUUCCGCCUUCUUCACACCCACAGGUGCCUCCACGACCGUUGAAACUGGCGGCAUCCCCAUCAGAUUUAAAGCAGGCGGCUUCAAAGAAGCCUGCCAUCGCUGGCGACGUCGCAUUCAUCCACGCCUGGAAGGCAGACGAAGCAGGCAACCUCAUGUUCCGACAUGUCGCAAACAAUUACAAUAACGCCAUGGCAAGGAAUGCACGAUUAGUUAUUGCAGAGAGGAGAUUGUCCCCAUUGGCUCCUUGCCACCGAACUGCUGUUCAUGUCCCAGGAAUAUUUGUUGACCGUGUUGUGCAGGCCACUGAGCCAAAAGCUUUUGAUAUCAUUGCCACUGCUCCGCCACCCGGAACUACUGGUGCCUCCUCACCUGAGGAACUCCUGGAAAAGAGCACACGGCGCAGAAUAGCAAAGCGCGCAGCACGGGAGCUCAGAGAUGGCUUUUACGUGAACCUUGGUGUCGGUAUUCCCACCCUCGUUACGGAGUAUCUCCCACCAGGCGUCAAAAUCUGGCUGCAAAGUGAAAACGGCAUUCUGGGAAUGGGUCCGUUCCCCACCGAGGACCAAAUCGAUCCGGACAUCACGAAUGCUGGAAAGGAGACGGUCACUUUACUGCCGGGUGCUUCGAUCUUUGAUUCGACUGACUCGUUUGGUAUGAUCCGGGGCGGCCACAUGGACGUCGCUAUCCUUGGCUAUGCAAGUAUCGCAGGCCGGCAACAUUGCAAACUUCAUGAUUCCAGGCAAGCUUGCAUCGGAGGAGCCAUGGACCUGGUGUCAAAUCCUGAGAAGACGAAGGUCAUUGUGGCCAUGGAACACUGUGCAAAAGAUGGAGGUCCAAAAAUCAUGCAGGAAUGCUCGUUGCCACUGACUGGUGCACGGGCGGUCAGCCAGAUUAUUACCGAACUCGCUGUGUUCAACGUUGACCGGUCUGGUGGCUUCCUGACGCUCAUGGAAGUAGCCAAGGGUGUGACGGUGGAGGAGGUACAAGCAAAGACCGCCUGUGACUUCAAGGUCUCUGACAACCUCGGGCAGAUGUAA